GAUGCACUGUCUCAAUGACCUGUAAGGGUCAUCUCAGCAUUUCCAUCCCGUCUGUCCCCAAGGCUUCACGUUAGGGAGGAACUUGGGCCCUUUCUCAGGGUGCUGUGCCCCUUACAGCUGAAGGUGCUUCUUGUCCGAGAUGGACAGUAUUACCUAGCGUUAUGCUAGCCUGAGGAACAUGAAUGACAUCAAGAGUAACCAAGAGCUGUACCAGCAGUACACUGCCAAGGCCCCCAAGCUGCUGGCCCGCAUCUCCAGGCUGCUCCUUGUUUGCCGGAAUGCAGGCAUUUCUGUACCCAAGGGCAUCAGAAACAUCUUUGAGUUCUCUUGGGAAGAGCUGAUCACCGACCCCCUGAUCCCUACCCCAUCUGAUAUCCUGGGCCUGGAGAUCAGCAUUGGAGCCCCGCCUGAGGUGCUCAUGGAACCUGCCCCUGUGCCGGCCCCCGUCCAAAAGAAGCCACCCCCACCAGCACCCCUGCUGCCGAUGAUGUCCGCCUCUACUGGGCCAGCCAAGUUCCCUAUGCACCCUCCCCAACAUGGCCACCAGGAGCUCUCCAGCCAGGAGACCCUGCAGAGGUUCCAGCGGCAGUCUAUUCACCUGCUGACUGAGCUCCUCGCCCUGAAGAUGAAGGCCAUGUUGGAGUCCAUAUCUGGUGUCAACCCCCUGGACAUUACAAGGCGCUUUGUAGAGGCCAGCCAGCUCCUGCACCUCAGCGCCAAGGAGAUGGCUUUUGACUGCCUGAUUGGCACCGUCAGGAAAAGUGGCUGUGGUGGUGGACAGAUGGGGAAAGAGUCCUCCACGAACAUCUCAGCCGUGGGAGUGAACUCACCCUACCAGCUUGUCUACGAGUCUUCUACUGGUUGUCUGAGCUUUUCCCUCUCAAGCAGGAGGGAAAUCAAGAAAAAAACAGGUAACAGCAAGAAUUUAGAAGAGGUGGUCAUGACAUCCUCGCCGAGAGGAGGGGAGACCUCCGCCUCUGAUGUUGUAGAGUUCAGCGACCCCUGCCCUGAAGCUCGGGAGAAGCUGCAGGAGAUGUGUCGCCUCAUAGAUGCUGAAAGGGUCUCGUGGAAAGGGAGGAAUAUCUUCUACCCCAUGAUCUUACGCAACUACAAGGCAAAGAUGCCCUCUCAUCUAAUGCCAACCAUAAAAGGGGAUGCUCAGACCCUGAGCUCCCACCCCCCUCACCCCCCAGUGGCUCAGACUUCCACUCCUACCCCUCACCAGCCUCCUGCCCACCACCUUCACUUGGGCCGGCAUUCUCAGGAGUGGAAGGGACCCAAGAAGUCCAUCAAGUUGCAUUACACCUUCUAUGAUGGGUCCUCCUUCGUUUACUAUCCCUCUGGGAACAUUGCCAUGUGUCAAAUCCCCACAUGCUGCAAAGGGAGAGCCAUCACCUGCCUCUUUAAUGACACACCCAGCUUCUCCUUCCUGGCCAUGUUCAGUGCUGAAGGCCAGGGCUGCGUUCAGCACAACCUAAAGGCCCGCUGCCCAUACGUCUUGAUCUUGGAUGAGGAAGGCGGAACUACCAAUGACUACAAAGGCUAUGUAGUCCACAAGUGGAGCUGGACCUCCAAGACAGAGACUUUGCUCUCUCUGGAAUACAAGGUGAAUGAGCAAAUGAAGCUGACGGUGCUAGGGCAGGAUUCCAUCAUGGUCACCUUCACCUCCUUGAAUGAGACAGUAACACUCCCCAUAUCGGCCAACAACUGUCCCCAUGGGACAUCUCACGAUAAACGGAUGACCCACAGAAUCAGCAGCAUGGACGAAAAGUUGUCUAAGAUGAGCCGGGCCCUGGCAGAGAUCAAGAGGCGGUUUCAGAAGACAGUGUCCCAGUUCAUGAACUCUGUCCUGCUGGCGGCAGGCCUGUUCACUAUAGAAUAUCCAGUAAAGGCAGAGGCAGAAAUCAGUGGAACCAGGGUAAGAUCCGGGCCCUAUCUUGAGCGGGGCACCAAGCUAAGUUUACACCCCGGAGAAAUCGUCUUAUUACGAUCUCAGUCUGCCCGACCUGAAUCCUCAACUGGAGAGUCUUCAAAAGAAGAGCCAGGGUCAGCUCCUGUGAGCCCCACUCGGAAGAAGACUGUCAAGGUCAAAGCCAAGGCCACGGUCACACCCAGAGGGAAGGCUGGAGAGGUACGCAGCCCCACCAGGUGGGCAGCCUCACCCUCCGACUGCCCGCUGGUGCUGAGGAAGCUCAUUCGCAAGGAGGAUGUCAGAGCCGGCUGCAAGUGCAUGGUGAGGGCGCCCCUGGUAUCCGACGUGGAGCUGGAGCGCUUCCUGUCGGCGCCCCGUGACCCCAGCCAGGUGCUGGUGUUUGGAAUAGUGUCAAGCAAGAACCCCACCAAGUCAGGGCAGCUCCAGUUGCUGCUGGACAUGCUCUACAAUCACCGGCAGCAGGGCCGUGCCUCACCCUGCAUCCAGUGCCAGCAUGACCCCUACCGGCUGCUGCAGUACGACCUGGACAGCCCCCUGCAGAGGGCCCCACCCCUGCUGGUGAAGAAAUACGCUGUGUUGCAGGGCAUGGUCCUGAUGUUCGCUGGAGGAAAGCUCCUUUUUGGGGGCUGCGUUUUGAAUGGAUAUGGCUUCAGCAAGCAGAAUCUAUUGAAACAGAUCUUCCAGGCACGACGGGACUGCAAGAUGGGCCACUUCCUGCCUGAGAAUUACAAAUUUAGCAUUUCAGCCUCCAACCUGGGCCUGGAAGAGCCCGACUCAACCAAGAAAGCAAUGAUGGAAGAGGUCCAGGGAAGCUACUCUUCAUCAGCCUUAGGGGACAAGAUGGAGCAGCCCUCCCCUGAAGCUGAGAAGUAG